UUUCUCAGCGUUGCACACGUGAUGCAACUCUUCGUUUCCUGAUUGGCGAGGGGUCACACAUGAGCGCAGAGUUUUGGACAUUCUGCCGUGGAAGAGGCUCAAUCUUAUCGCUUUCCACCGUCGCUUUGCAAAGUUUGAGUCAUGUUACGGACGCUGUUUCGAGCCGGCGGCGCCAUUCUGCAGCAAACCCAGAGGACAGCGCCGAGGUUGUGGGUAACACCGGCGCAGCAGCGAUGGGCGUCCAGCUUGCCCAUGAACACCGUGGUCCUGUUUGUGCCCCAGCAGGAAGCCUGGGUGGUGGAGAGGAUGGGCCGCUUCCACCGCAUCCUAGAGCCGGGUUUAAAUUUCCUCAUACCCAUACUUGACCGAGUUCGCUAUGUGCAAAGUCUCAAAGAGAUUGUGAUUGAUGUCCCAGAGCAGUCGGCAGUAAGUCUUGAUAAUGUAACACUACAGAUUGAUGGAGUGCUUUACUUAAGGAUCCUAAACCCUUUUAAGGCCAGUUACGGUGUCGAGGAUCCAGAAUAUGCCGUCACACAGCUGGCCCAGACCACCAUGCGUUCAGAACUGGGCAAACUCACACUGGACAAAGUGUUCAGGGAGAGGGAGUCCCUCAAUUCCAACAUGGUCCACUCCAUCAACCAAGCUUCAGAUGAUUGGGGAAUUCGUUGCCUCCGGUAUGAAAUCAAAGAUAUACACGUUCCACCACGUGUCAAAGAAUCCAUGCAGAUGCAGGUGGAGGCUGAGCGCAAAAAGAGAGCCACGGUGCUGGAGUCAGAGGGGACAAGGGAGGCGGCCAUUAACGUUGCAGAGGGUCGAAAGCAGGCUCAGAUCCUGGCCUCUGAAGGUCAAAAAGAAGAGCAGAUCAAUAAAGCGGCUGGUGAGGCUCAAGCUGUCUUGGCAAAAGCUGAGGCAAAAUCCAAGGCAAUCCGUCUAUUGUCAGAUGCUCUGGCUGAGCAGAAUGGAAAUGCAGCAGCCUCGCUAAGCGUGGCCGAGCAGUACGUGUCUGCGUUCUCGAACCUCGCCAAAGAGUCCAACACCAUCCUUCUGCCGUCUAAUACUGGUGACAUCAGCGGGAUGGUCACACAGGCCAUGACCAUUUACAGCACGCUGGCAAAGACGACCCCACGCAUUGCAGAAGCGGUGGAGGAGAAGUGCGAUGAGACUCAGGACCAAUCGGCAUCGACUCAUUAGCAGAGGACUAAAAAAAUGAACUCAAAAAGUAGUGAACGUCACAGAACCGGGGCGGAAGCUAUUUAUGAUGAAGCUAUCGGGGACUCCCAAGUUCCUUCUACUGACAGAAGGAGAAGAACUGCCAACUUAAUAGACUCCUCCAAUGUCUUACUCUGGGAGUGUUCGAAAAAAAUCUCAUCUUUCGUCCAAGGAUUUCGUAGUUUUCACCGACUUCUGUUUAUGUUCAGUUAAUUGUCAAAUUGGGAUUAAACCCCAAGACCGCACAGCUAUUAGAUAUAUUUGUAAACAUCCAGUCCCGUUUAAUUUUUUCUCUGUUACAGAGCUGCCCCCCACCCAUUUUUUUUCCAGUUAUGUGGGUUCAUUAGUGUUAAUGGGUUAAUCACAGUCAGCUAAGCUGAGCCAUCUGCUUUAAUGUGGUGUGUUAACAGAUAUCAGUGAUGGUUCUUCAGCAGCUCUGGGACCAGCAAUGUUGAGCCGCUGGAUGUGAUGUCUCAGGCCCGUGUGUGGUCAAAAUAUUAUCGCCCUGACAAAGCUCAACCAAUCGUUGCUUUAAAAAUAGUCUCGAGAAGAUAUGAUAUUAUUCAGAAAUAAUUCCUUCUCAAUAAUUAGUGCACACAAACAGCCCUAGAAAUAAAUGUUCACCUUCUCCUCCUAGUUAUUUUGUCCUCUUAUGUCUUAUGGAAUAUACAAUAGGUUGGUAAAUUUCAUGGUUUCUCUGCAAAGAUGACAAUGUUUUUCAUUUCAUAGGUUUCUGUGACGCAAAAUGAAAUUGGCACAGAAGACUUUACUGGAAGUUAACGAUAUGUUGGGAAGAAAAUGUUGUGAAGCACUUAUUUUAGAAGGAAAUAAUGUGAAACAAAUUCAAAUGUAAUCUGUGGGAUAAAAAUGCCUUGAUGAAAAACUCCCAUCAUAAUAAGAAUGAAUAAAAAAAGUUGAGUUGGUGAA